AUGGCCAGUUUCUCGGACUUCAUCGACUUGUCUCAAGUGACCCUUCACUGGGCUGCGUGGUUUAUUGCAUUCAACCCCAUUUUCUGGAAUCAACUGACUGAGAGACUCUUGCCUCCAGUAUCGUUGCCCGUGGCGAUGGCUUAUGUCACAAAUAUUGGGCACUAUUCUGUAGAAUAUCGGAAACAAUACCUGACUCGUAUAUUCGGUAACCCCUACUACGGGUGCUAUUUCCUCGCAUUCACCAUCUUCACUCUGGGCAUCGCUCGCGACCAUGUGUAUCAAUUAGCCCUGGACGACCAACCGUUUUAUGCCCCAGUGCACCAACCGAUCCUGGGUGGUGCCCUCUUUGCCAUCGGGUCCGUCCUUGUCUUGUCCAGUAUGUACGCUCUGGGAGUGACUGGUACCUAUCUUGGUGACUACUUUGGCAUUCUCAUGGAUGCCCCCGUCACCGGCUUCCCCUUCAACGUGACGGGCUCCCCGAUGUAUUGGGGGAGCACCCUGAACUUCCUGGGUGUUGCCCUGUACAAGGGAAAGGUGGCGGGACUCCUUUUGACCGCUGAAGUUUUCAUUCUGUACUGGUUCGCGCUCCGUUGGGAGGAUCCUUUCACCGCUGAGAUUUACGCCAAGCGGGAGCGCGAGCGCGCAAAGUCGAAACAAGGCGGCAAGAACCUGUAA